GGUAUCAAAACCAGACCAAAGAAUGUGGGUUAAAGUGAUAUGCACAUAUUAAACUGAACCCUUAUUUGUUCAUGUAUAUAUGAAUGAUCUGCUUAAUGUUUACAGCUGGAACUAAGCGACAUCACUUCACAGUAGGAACAAAGGUUUAGAAUGACUCAACUUCCCGGCAAUACAGUCGAGCUACGGUGGCUCCUCCUUAACAUCUAACCAUUUUUAGCUGGUAAUUUAGGGCAAAGGCAGUAAACUGAUAGCUGCACAUGAUAGGAGGUUCUUUCUCGACACAAUGUCUGCGUUUAUCCUUAUUGUUGGAGUGGCUAUAGGGGUGUAUUUUUUCGUGUAUAAUACUUUCGUCCGGGGAGCACGGUGUCGAAGCAAAGUUAAGCUGCAUGGGAAAACUGUUAUAAUCACGGGUAGCAACACCGGCAUCGGGAAAACUACAGCGGUGGACCUGGCGAAGAGGGGGGCUCGGGUGAUACUAGCAUGCCGUGAUCAACGGAGGGCAGAAGCUGCUCUCCGUGACAUUACAGCGGUAGGAAAAAUAACCCAGAAGGAUUUAUGCUGUCUGGUUAUAAUUCGGCCUUGUGGCGAACUUAACCUGUUGUGCUGCCCUGAUCGCCAGGAGAGUGGGAGCAGUGAGGUGGUGUACAUGCAGCUGGAUCUGGGCAGCUUGGAGUCGGUGCGCAGCUUCGCGGAGAACUUCCUGAAGAGCGAGCGCAGGCUGGACCUGCUCAUCAACAACGCAGGAAUUUUCAAGCAAGGGAGGACAAAGGAUGGCCUCGGAAUGAUGCUGGGUGUCAAUCACAUUGGCCACUUCUUGCUGACGAACUUGCUGCUGGAUCGACUGAAGCAGUGCCGACCCAGCCGUGUGAUAAACGUGUCGUCCGCAGCCCAUAAUUUUGGGAGCAUUGAUUUUGACGUCCUGAGUGCGCACAAGGCUCUGGGUGUUGGCACAUCUCAUUUGGACGUGUUUAGGGUAUACUCUGACAGCAAGCUGUGUAAUGUGCUCUUUACCCAUGAGCUAGCUAAAAGGCUAGAGGGCACCAACGUCACGUGCUACAGCCUGCACCCGGGUGCAAUCAACUCGGAGCUGUCACGUUAUACCAAUCCCUUCUUAAAGGUCCUGUUCAUGCCCAUCACCCUCCUCUUCUUCAAAGACACAAAGACAGGGGCCCAGACCACCCUGCACUGCGCCCUGCAGGAGCACCUUGAGCCCCUGAGCGGCCGCUACUUCUCAAACUGCGCCGUGAAGAAAGUGAGCGCCAAGGCGCGGGACGACGCCGCGGCCCGGAAGCUGUGGGAAGUGAGCGAGAGGCUUUGUGGUCUGUCCUGAGGGCCCACUUGACAGCGGGGCCUUCAGCAUGGCGAGAUGAGCUGGCAGAUGGAGACGCUGUCAGAAUGAACACCGGGACCUGUUUCAGAAAGUGGGAUUUCUUGCUUAGCCAGAUAACUUAUCCAUUUAGACUACCUUAAAUCUGACUUUCUUUAUUCACUUACAUUUAGCCCAGACGACCUUAAAUUCAACAAGUUAUCUGGUUAAGCAAGAAAUGCUGCUUCAUGAAACAGGCGUCAACAUUCCUUUAACCCUCAGUGUAAAUUUAGACUUAAACACUUAUUUAAAGCUCAUUAUAACAUGUUAUUUGGAAGCACAAUAACUUCAUUUUAAUUAAUGAAAUUUUGCUUAAUUGAAAAUAUCUCUCGUAAAUCUAUGUCUUACUAUGGUGUUGGCACAAGCCUUCUUAAAACAUAUAAAAUUAAAAGAUUAUCAUCCACAA